UUUAACGAUGUCUAAAUGGUUAGAUGUGAGUUUAACUUGUACUUAAAUCAAUUUUAAAUGCCAACAACCUUUAUCAAGUAAAAGUGACAUAGAAUAUUAAAGGAAGUCCAAUGGAUAGUGUUUUUGAGAUUGAAGGAAAGAAAUUAUAUUUGGGGAAUAUAAAUGCAGCAAAUGAUUAAAAAUAUUUAAAGAACCAUAAUAUUGGAGCAGUAUUAUCAAUAAUUGAUACAAGUGAAAUAAAGUUAGAUAGAUCAAUUAUUCAUCUAGUACAUAAAAUCAAUAUAAAAUUAGUGGAUUGCAGCAGAAGAUAGAGAAGAUGUUCAAAUAAAAAUGUAUUUUGAACAAGCAGCCAACUUUAUUCGAGAUAAUUUACAACAUACUAAUGUUUUGGUUCAUUGUUAUGCUGGAAUAUCUAGAUCAAGUUCUUUAAUAAUUGCUUAUUUAAUCAAAUAUGCAGGGUUUUCAUUAAAAGAUUCCAUUAUUAAACUCAAAAGUUAAAGACCACAAGUUGAUCCUAAUGAUGGAUUUAUGGAACAACUUCAAUAGUUUGAAGAUAAAGUAAAAAACUCUAAAUAAACUAAAAAUUAAAGUUAAACUAAAAGUGUGAGUAAAUUCUUAAAUUUAAGUAUUGAAAAAAAUAAUAAUAAUGGUUGCUAAUAAAAUAAUAUAGGAAUAUAGAACUUUAAUAUUGAGAGUAGAUUGAACACUUGUUCUAACAAAAAAGAAAAAUUAAAUCUCUCAAAUUUUACACUUCAAAAAACAAAAACAUCAUUUUUAGAUAAAACUUAAAGUCCUAACAAUCUCAGCACUUCAGACAUAAAAAGAAAAACAUUCAUUUCUAACAAUUUUUAUGAAGAUCCUAUCAAAUAAUAUUAGAAAAUCAAAAACUCUUAAAACCUGUUAAAUCAAUAGAUUUUAGGAAUAAAAAAUACUUAUAACCAACAUGGAAGAUUUCAUUCCAUGAAUUAUUGA